AUGAAAAACACUACUGUUGAAAGACACGAUACUGAUCUGUAUGAUCAUGAUAAGUUGCCCACAUCGAAUGACGUUCGAACAGAAACGAGUCUUAUCAAAAAUCAAAACAAAAAAAUACCUUUCAAUGCAACAGCAAUAGCGGCAACUGGUAUAACAUCAUGGCGUAUUCCACGCCUGUUACUCAAUUUCAUAUCUGUUUCUCCACAUAUGCUUACGCAUGCCGAAGAACAACUGUAUCACGGUUUGAAAAAUAAAUAUACCGGUGAAUAUAUACAUAUAAGAGGUGAUAAUGCAAUUUGGACUGUACGAAGUUUAUGCUCACCGGAUAAUGCAACUCCCAUAGUACUUAUUCAUGACUUUGGUUGUGCUAGUGGAAUAUGGAUAGAAAAUAUCGAUUUUUUAAGUAAACGUCAUCCAAUUUAUAUGUUUGAUAUACUUGGUUUUGGUCGUUCAUCAAGACCUAAUUUCGAUCAAACAAAUUCUAUCAAUGCUGAAACAAAGUUUAUUGAAUCAAUUGAAGAUUGGCGUAUAGCUGUUGGUCUACAAGAAAAAUUCUUUCUGAUUGGACAUGGUUUUGGUGCUUAUUUAGCUACAUUGUAUACUAUUAGAUAUGGAUUGUUUAUUAAAAAAUUAAUUCUCCUUGAUCCUUGGGGUUUUAAUCCGAAACCAGAUGAAUAUCAAUUACAUUUAACUACACCAUUUUGGAUUAAACUUCUGGCAUAUUUUACAGAAUCAUGGACAUCAUUUUCAGCAUUCCGAUAUCUUGGACCAUUAGGAUUGCCAUUAUUAAAAUUACUUGCACCACGUUGGAAACGUCUAGCACCGGUUGAAAAUUCAAAUAAAAAAUCAGAUACACUCUAUGAAUAUUUAUAUCAUGUUAAUAUACAACCAGCCAGUGGUGAUGUUGGCUUUCAAGCAUUAGCAUCAUGGUAUGGAUGGGCUAAAGAACCGAUCGUUCAAGUAGAUCAUUCUCGUAUGGAAACUAUUUCCGGUGAAAUCCCCAUUGUAUUCAUAUAUGGAUCUCGUACACAUAUUGAUAGUACACCAGCACAACAAAUACUUCAUCGGCGUGGUUCUUCAAAUACAUCUUUAAAAAUUAUUCAUAAUGCUGCACAUUUCUUUUUCAUGGAAAGACCGAUACAAUUUCAUGAAGUUAUGAUUGAUAUACUAAGUGAUGUACCACAGGGAUUUCAUUCGUUAGCAUCUAGAGAUGAUAGAAUAACAACUACGAUACUCCGAGAAAAAAAAAAUGAAAUCGUACCAAUGAAAACUUAUAUAGAAGACUAUGAAAACUUUGAUGCCAAUUCAAUAUAUCCAUCCAAUGAUAUUGAUCUAAUGAUAUUCACAUCGAUGUGUGAUCUUACUGGCAUAGCAAAAUCAUUAUUAGACAGUAAACCAAGUGAAUUAUCACAGUGUAGUUGUUAUAUUGCAUCGCCAUCGCAAAGAAAGUGUCGAAUAGCUUUUCGAAAGUGA